AUGGAAGGUAAUGACAGACAAGCAAAAACGGCGUCGGAUCGUUCCAAAAUCACGGCAAGAAAAAGAAAAAGAUACGAAGAGUUUCAGCAACCAACGAUUUUGUCAUUACCAACCGAGUUAGUCAUGGAAAUCGUAGCUCGUGUUGGUGCAUCAUCGUUGCGCGAUUUAUUCGAGGUCAAGCUGAGCUGUAAAAGUUUAUACGCUAUAGCGGAAGAUUCCUACGUAUUCGAGAAGGUAUCAGUGGAAGAACUUCCCAAACUUCAAAUGUCACGGCGAUCAAAAGAACAGUCAUCUUCAUUCUACAGAAGGUGCAUUGAGUGUGGAAAUUCAGAAGCUUUGUACCGAGAAGGAGUGGUAUGA